CUCACCUCUGGAAGACCACUUGUUGCAUCCAAGAAAAUAUCUGCUUACGUUUUCUUAUCAAUUCAUCUUCAUCAAAAUGCAUAAUUUUUGAACCGCUACGUUCUUCUAAAUUUUCAGUCUUUUAUUUAAUCAUUUUAUUCGUUUAAUUCGUAUCUUCUGCAUCUAUAUGACUUAAGUAGUUUCACGUCACCAAAAAAUGAUCUUAUUACGUUAACAGUGUUUCUGAAUUCGUCUCUAAAAUUAAGUCGCUCUAAUUUCAUCUCAUCUACAGCUCACUUCGUCUAAGUACAUCAUGCAAGAUGCUCCAGAUGCAUCAAAUACCACCAUACAAGCAAACGUUGACAAGGAACGAAGCGAGCUGACCCCUUUAUACUCGAAUGCUAAUGACAACGGAACUUUACGAUUGAUCGUAGCUUUCUUUUUAGGGUUUACUAUAACCCUAACUGUGGCAUUGGGAGUUGGAAUAUACUACGGUAAAUCUCAGGUCGUACCUCACGGAGGUGUUACUAGUGACGAUGAAACAUGCUCGUAUAUAGGAGCUUCUAUAAUGAGACAAGGAGGAAAUGCUGUAGAUGCUGCAAUAGCUGUAUCAUUUUGUAUAGGAGUUGUUACUCCUCAUCUCACCGGAUUGGCUAGCGGCGGUUUUAUGUUAAUUUACGAUCAUAAAGACAGAAAAGUAAUCGACAGUAUAGAUUUUAGAGCUACUAGAAGCAACGAUGGAGGAAUCGGCGUACCAGGAUUUGUAGCUGGACUGUAUAUGGCUCACGAAUUACACGGUAAACUGCCUUGGAAAACUUUAGUUAUGCCAGCUUAUCGUAUGGCGAAGAAUGGGUUCAAAGUAUCGGCUUCUUUGAUCCAAUCGGAGCAACAUUUACACGAACACUCUAAUCAUAAUGAAAACUUGAGACAGUGGUUAACACCGCUUACAGUUGGUGAAAUUAUCAUUAACAUGGAUCUAGCCAGUACUUUAUUAUCUAUCGCAGAAUCUGGACCAGCAGAAUUUUAUAAUAAGACAUUAGUGAACGACUUGAAGUUGGUUGAAAUGAAUUCUGCGGAUAUUAUAAAUUAUAAACCAGUGCGUGGUACUUGGUUGAAAGAAUCGUACGAACAUUACGAUAUUAUAGUACCAGGUCAGGGUUCCGGCGGUCCAUUUUUGUUGAAUAAUCUCAAGCUUUUGAACGAUUCCUUAUCUCCAUUGGUUUCUGCAGUAGAAGCCUAUACAAAUGCGGCAGUAAACUGGGAUCCUCCUUUCGCUUCCAAUAUCAAUACAGUAGACGUGAACGAUCUUUACGUAUCAGUUGUUAGUGGCUUGGGUUCGUUAUUUGGAUCACAGAUAUUAACUGAUUCUGGUUUCAUUCUAAAUAACAUAUUAGAAUUAACUAACGAUACCGAUAUUCGGCCCACUAUGUUGACUACUCCGAUAAUAGUCAUAGAAAAUGAAAAUGUAUGCGGACGUCGACUCGUGUUCGGAGGUGCAGAUGUUCGCGAUGUAGCUCAAGCUUUGGUUUACUUGUUGAGAAAUCCAACGGCGAACAUAACGCAAAGCAUUAGUGAACCCAGAGUUCGAAUCCUGUACCCGAGAAUUUUCGUAGAAAGACCAAAUAGGAUUUCUAACGAUGAUUUUAUUACGUUUCAACAGCAGUAUGAAAUACACGAGGCUCCGAGACCCUAUCCGAGCAUAAAUGUUAUUCAAAAAAUCAAAGAUGAUAUCACAGUGGUAGCUGAUUGGAGAGGUUUUGGUAGCGGAGUUGUGUUUUGAAGCUUUCAAGAUGUUGAAAAGAUGUCUUCCUUUUUGACUGUAUCACUAUAUUUUCUGAUUGCAUUUAAUUUUAACUAUAACAAACGAUCUUAACAUUUUAAUGGUAGCUAUUACCGUUGUAAACGGCUUAGUUGGACAUUUUUUAAAGAGUGAUAAUUUUUUAAAAAUUUGAAUGGUUAUUCGACUACAAUUAGUAUUUCCGUUCUGGUAGAAUAAUGAAAGAAUUUUUGUUAUAAGGGAGAAAAAUAUCGUAUUCCGUCCAGAUAGUGAGUAUAAAAGUGAUUUUCGACAGUUUCGUUUCGAAUCAUUUCCCUCGCUUUUGCUCCCGAGUUGAAUAAAUUACUAUUCUUACAAAGAACCAAAAUGUGAUUUUUGCUCAUGUUCCAAUUUCCUUCUUUUUAAAACUUUUUUAUGUACUUAUUAUGUUAAUUAUUUAUUUUUCACGUUGAUUUUUUUACACUUUUUUAUAUUUUGUUAUGUGAUUUUAAAAAAUUAAAUAUUACUGAACUCCUUGUA